GAUUAGUUUUGUUUAAUUAAUGGGGAAGAAGGUGAAGAAAGAAAGAAAACACCUUUGUUUAACAUGAACAUGCAGGAAGGGGUUGUAUUGACCACAGCAAUGCCCUCUUCUUCAUCUUCAUCUUCUUCUCCAUCUCCAUCUCCAUCUUCAUCUUCAUCUUCUUCCUGUUGGAAUCACAAUCACAAUAAUCACCAUCCCCCAAAACCCAAAUCAUCCUCCUCCUCAUCUUCCUGGACCCACCAUUGCAACAAUCUCUGCAACUGCAAGCACGCCCCCUCCGCCACCUUAGACCUUCUCAUCCUCCUCCUUGUCCUCUUCUCCGGCGCUUUCCUCCUCUCCUCCUAUUUCUCCUACAUCUUCAACUCCCUCUCGCUUCUCAUCCCUUCUCUCCCUUCCCUCCUCCCUUACCUCAUCUCCUUCUUCCUCUUCUUCGCCGCCUCCCUCGCCUUCUGCUGCGGCCCCCGAUCCCGCCGCUGUGAGCGGCGGGGUUGCAAGGGGCUCAAGAAGGCUACCGAGUUCGAUUUGCAGAUUGAGAGGUUUGGCCCAUCUGGGUCGUCGUCGUCGUCGUCGUCGGCGUCUGGGUUGGGUGAAUUUGAUAAGCUUCCAUGGAAAGGUGGGAGUGAAGGGAACCCUGAUUACGAGUGCCUGAGAAUUGAGCUCAGAAAAAUGGCUCCACCUAAUGGCCGUGCCCUCUUGCUUUUCCGGGCUCCUUGUGGCUGCCCAGUUGCUAAGCUUGAAGCUCUUGGCCCCAAGAAGCCUAAGCGCCAUAAGAGGUCCUUGCCCAAUGCUACUCUUAAUGGAGGAGGAGAUCAUCGUUGAUUAAACCCGAUGUUUUCACUGCUAUUGGCAUCUCAUUAUCAUUAUGACUCUCAUGGUUCUCCAUUUACUGGAAAACUUUUUAUCAGAACCAUUUUUAUGAGAAAGAAAAUAGCAAUCUGGUGUUAACAGAGUCCUUCUUUUAUCUGCUCUAUCUUUGAGUCUCUCUAUAAACUUUUGAAGGAUCGUACAUAAAUAUUAACUGCAAUAAACAUGUGAUUCAUCAUUGAUCCA